UUUAAUGAUUUUGCUUCUUCCUCCGACGAAUCUCUACUUACAUUUUGUAUUCAAGCUACGCGUCGUCUUUAGUGGGUUUGGGUCUGUCUUCGUAAUUUGAGUUUGGGCUUUAAUGGUUAUUAGGCCUUUUUUUUGGGAGCAAAACUUGGUUUGCUAGUGCAAUGUAGGAGAAGGUUUUCAGAAACCUAAUAUUAUCUCGACUGUUAAAGCAGUGAUUGGUUCUGCAUUCAGCUCAAUGCCUCAAUAGCUAGUUUUCCACCAGAUCCUUAUUUUCCAUUUGUACCCUAAGCAUUAUUUUUCAGAACUCAGAUAACAAAAAAAACACUUAAAACAUGCGAGAGCAACAAUAUUUAGUGGAAUUCAUUUGCAAAAUUAUUUACUGAUUUUAUGAUGUUGCAAAACUGUAAAACAAUAUAAACGGAAUCCUUACCAAAGAGAUCUUUGAAACCUCCGAAGUUUAUCUGUCUGAUCUGAUUUGUCCAGUCUGUCUGUCUGUCACAUUUUUCAAUAUCUAGUAGAUUAAUAUGGCAAGAUCAUGAUUCAUCCUUUAGUGAUGAAGAGCUAGUGAAGAAGACAAAUUAUUCUAAUAUAUCUUUCAUGUGACUCUAUGAUAAUGUAAUUAAUUCUAUUUUCUCGCUCUCUCUCUCUCUAAUUUUAUUUUUAAAUUGAGUUUACAUAUCAAAACGUGUUUCUACAAAAGGACCAGUAAUUGAUUGGAUGCUUUCUUCGCCACUUAUAUAUACUGACCACUUUACGUGCGUUUCUCAGUAUUCAUUUUCAGUAAAGACUGUAAGAGGAAAAUGUAUGCGCUUCUGUGGUGUUGGAGUUUCACAGGACUCUUUCUCUUGAGCAUUCUUGCAAAUGGGGUUAUGGGUUAUGAUGAAAUGGACUUGUUCAAUGGAACAUAUGUGUUUCACAAACAAGAUGAUGAUGAUGGAGAUGUUCUGGUAGUAGGACUCACUCUGGUCCAAGCCGCAACUGCUGAAGGAGCGGUGUGUCUUGACGGGUCAAUGCCUGGAUAUCAUUUGUAUCGUGGGUAUGGUUCAGGAGCUAACAACUGGAUCAUUCAGUUGCAGGGUGGUGCGUGGUGUGACAGCAUAGAAGAUUGUCAGAACCGUAAAAGGAGUAGUUAUGGAUCGUCUACUUUAAUGGAGAAACAGUUAAAUUUUACAGGACUACUAAGCAAUAAAGCCGCUGAAAAUCCAGACUUUUACAACUGGAAUAAAGUAAAAGUACGGUAUUGUGAUGGCGCAUCCUUCAGCGGUGAUAGCGAAAACAAGACGGCACAACUUCAGUUUAGAGGAAAGCGUAUAUUUUUAGCCGUCAUGGAAGAUUUGAUGGCAAAGGGAAUGUGUCAUGCGAAGCAGGCUUUGCUCAACGGAUGUUCGUCUGGGGGUCUUUCAGCGAUUCUACGCUGCGAUGAUUUCAGUAGUCUGUUUCCUUCUACCACCAAAGUAAAAUGUAUGAGCGAUGCUGGCUUCUUCCUCGAUGCGGUUGAUAUAUCUGGAGCUCAUUCUAUAAGGCGUAUGUAUUCUGGUGUCGUAAACACCCAGGGUUUACAAAACACGCUUCCUCGUACGUGCACAAGCCAUCUUGAUCCAACUUCGUGCCUUUUCCCUCAAAACAUAAUCAACCAAGUCAAGACACCGCUGUUUAUUCUCAACUCGGCAUUUGAUUCGUGGCAGAUUGAGAAUAGUAUAGCUCCACCAUCUGCUGAUCCGAGUAGCAGUUGGCAUAACUGCAGCUCCAGCUUCAAGUGCAACGCCUCUCAGAUGCAAUUCUUGGAAGGUUUCAAGAUGAGCAUGUUAGAUGCCCUAAAGACCUUUUCGAUGUCGAGCAAGAACGGAAUGUAUAUUAGCUCGCGCUGGGCUCAUUGUCUAGCUGAGAGAAAAGAUACUUGGUCUCCUGGAAAUUCUCAACCGGGUGAAGAUACGGGGAUGGCUGUAGCUGUUGGAGAUUGGUACUUCGAAAGAGCAAAAAAGUAAAGUUCAGAGACUGAUUAUCACAAGAAACGUUGUUAAGGAGAUGUUUGUUACACUUUAUUCCCAUCGAUUAUUAUAUUGUUGAGUUUUUCAUAGAAAUGCAGUGAAGGGAUUCCAUAAAUGUGUUUGCGUCAAUUUAUCAGCCAACCAAUAAGUAUAGAUUUUAUUUGAGAAAACUGAUAGUUCAUGAUGCCAACAAAUUCUUAA